UGCGGAUCGGCGUUUGAAUAGUUAUGCGUAGGCGUUGCUCCGUGUUUCGAAAAGCUUGCCCAGCCGUCGUUCGUCUUUACAUACUUCGAACUCCCGUAAAUUCAUUUCCUCCCUUCAUCUAACCCCACCAUGGCGUCCGCACUUUUCUAUAACGAAAACGACGGUUACAUUGACGGCAUUCUUCGAGGUUACUUUUCUGGUAUUCUCAACCAGACUCAGUACCUGAACUUUACUCAAUGCGAGACUUUGGAAGAUUUACGCCUUCAAAUUGGUGCCACGGAUUAUGGCACGUUGCUGCAAAACGAACCUUCACCACUCGCGACAUCGACCCUGACGGAACGAUUGACAGAACGAUUGGUUGAGGAAUUCAACUAUAUUCGAGCUACUGCUGUUGAGCCUUUAUCCAAAUUUUUGGACUAUAUCACGUAUCAGUACAUGAUUGACAAUGUCAUUUUGCUCAUUACCGGUACACUUCACGAACGCGAUACCCAUGAACUGCUUGAACGUUGCCAUCCACUGGGCAACUUUGAAUCGAUGCCCGCGUUGUGUGUUGCGACGACGGUGGCGGAACUGUACAACACGGUGCUUGUCGAAACACCGCUGGCCCCUUACUUUGCCAACUGUUUGAGCGCGCAGGAUUUGGACGAGCUCAACAUUGAGAUUAUUCGCAACACAUUGUACAAGGCCUAUCUCGAAGAUUUUCAUGCCUUUUGCCAAACUCUGGGUGGUCCUACGGCUGAGGUCAUGGGCGAUAUCUUGCAGUUUGAAGCAGAUCGCCGUACAGUGAACAUUACAAUCAACUCGUUUGGCACCGAGCUGCCCAAAGAAGACCGCAAGAAGCUGUUCCCCACCAUUGGCCGCUUGUUUCCCGAGGGCAAUGCCAAGCUUGCUGUUGCUGAUGAGUUUGAACAAGUCAAGGCCACGUGUGAAGUGUUUCAUGAUUACCGGCCCUUCUUUGACGUGUCGACGAGUGGCAAGACGUUAGAAGACAAGUUCUUCGAGCAUGAGGUGUUCCUGAACCGACUUGCCUUCCAACAACAGUUCAACUACGGCGUGUUCUACUCGUACAUCAAGCUCAAGGAGCAAGAGAUUCGAAACAUUGUGUGGAUUGCAGAAUGCAUUUCGCAGAACCAAAAGGAUCGAAUCAACAGCUAUAUCCCGGUCUUGUAAGCCUUCCCCUACCAUCAUCUUCACCGCCCUCAUGUCUUUUCUUCAUUUUGUCUUGAUAUUCGCCUUUGUCUUUUUUUUCCUAUCUCACAUAAAAAGAGUUGAUAUAAACUUCUGGAGAGGAACAAGCCAGCACCAGAUAUUGUGUGUGGGAAAGAGAGUGAGGGCAAACAAACAGUGCCACGUUCUGGUAACAUGAAGAUAUGCAGGUUUGAAAAAAGCUGGGGUUAUUAUGGGU